CUUUAAGAGCGCGUGGGGUCAGGGAAUCCAAACUUUCUCUAUCCCCACCGCUGCCUUAGAAUCUCAAUAAUGCCAUUCACACACAAAAUAAAAAAACGGAGAACCACUUCCAAAUUUCACCGGCAGUGUACUUUCAGAAAACCCCUCUUUAGAACCUGAAAUCUAACUUUUCUUUCCAAUUUCACCCCCUCUUCUUCUUCUUCUUCGAAAUUAGGGUUCAACGAUUCUCGGAAGAUGAAGCACACGGCGACGAAGAAGAAGAAGCAGAAGAAGCGAUCACGUGCGACCAAAACGACGGGGGUCAACGAUUCGUCACGUGACACGCUACAUCAGCAGGAUCAGCGGCGAGUAGAAGAAGUCAAUGGAGAACAGAAUAAUCCUCUCAACUCGUUAAUGAUAACCUUUGGUUCGAUCUCUCUGGAAGAAGCCACGUCAGCUUAUAACCAAGCCAACGGCGAUUCGGACAAGGCGGCGGGGAUUCUAUGCAAUUUGAUCGAACACGAUAACGAAAGUGAAGAUCCAGAGAGGUCGACUAGCUCGAUCUGGAGUGGGUCGUCUUCGUCGGGUUCAUCCGGGUCGGGGUUUGCCGAAACGGGUUGCGUACAGAAUUUGAUUAGCGGGAGGGGACGAUGCAGAGGGGUAAAACAGCAGAAGGGAGUGGUGGCGGCAACGGGGACGGUUUCGACGGUUCUUGGGAAAGAGUACAUUAGGGCAAGCCCACGGCGGGACUCGGCUGCACCGGCGGCUGCAAGAUCGUCGUUGGUGAAGGAAGAAGCGGAGCAGUUCUUGUGUUCAAUGCUUGGGGACGAGUGUGAACUUAGCAUGGCUGUUGUUAGAGAUGUUUUACGUGAGUGUGGUUACAAUGUGGGGAAGGCCUUGGAUGCAUUACUUGAUUUAUCUGCUUCCUCCUAUAAACAAUCCAAUAAUUGUAAUGACAACAUGAACGCCAGACAAGAUGCAGGAUUCCUCAUUGAAUGUGCUGAUAAUUUAACAGAUUGGGCAUCUGAUUGCAUGUCUAAUUCCUCGGAAAGUGAACUUCAAGAUAGUAUAUGGUCAGUGGGCUACGGUUACAGGAAUUACUCAAGGGUUCAGCUACCAUCUUGCCCAAGGAGUAACGUGUCUGAUCUCCCUCAGGAGUUGUUGGAUUCUUUAUUUAACUUCCCCAAGAGUUCUGAACAGGAACCAAGCACCAUGAAUUGGAGGAAUGUAGCAAAGAAGAUGCAGUCAUUGGGACCAGGGAUUGAUGUCUGUCCAUCUAGCGUGGCUGAGCCUCAGCAGGAUAUCUAUGCUAAGGGAGAUGAAUAUCACGAAUUUAGAAAGAGUGCCAAAGAGCAUUGGGAUUCCACAGGAUCCUACUAUCAGAAGGCUGCUACAGCAUAUUCAAAGGGGCAACGGGAUUAUGCGGCUUAUCUUUCUGAUCAGGGGAAGAAACAGACUAAAUUGGCCAGGGAAGCAGAUGAAAAGGCAAGCAUGGAUAUAUUUAAAGCUAGGAACAAAGCCUUUGAAAAUGUGAUAACAAUUGAUUUGCAUGGGCAGCAUGUCAAACAAGCAAUGAGACUUUUGAAACUGCACCUUCUAUUUGGAAUCCAUGUUCCUUCGGUUCAAACUCUGAGGGUUAUCACUGGAUGUGGGACGCAUGGUAUGGGGAAGUCAAAACUGAAACAGUCGGUUAUUAAACUUCUGGACAAGGAAGGUAUUCGGUGGCGCGAAGAGAACCGUGGAACUGUGCUAGUGAAGCUUGACGGAUACAGGGAAUUCAGCUUUUUAGAUUCCGAGAGUGACACCGAGUAAAUUAAUUAUGUAAUAUCAACCACAGGUUUUCCUCAUCAUCCUCUGUGUAAGAAAGACUAGGAUGUAAUGUAACAAAGGUUAAUGUAGUGUUCCGACAACAGGUAUCAGAUGUUCAUAUGUAUACUAUUACAAGUCCAUGUACUCUGUAGGUGGGUGAAAGCUUCUUGAAGGUGAACCCUCGCGUAUGUUGAGUUUAGGGAAAUCAUGUAUCUGACUGGGUUCUUGGUAAUGACAAAGACCCAUGAAAGACUGUAUAUUUCAUUUAGUUAAAAACAGAGGCUAUUUCUGUGUGUUCAUUUGCUUUCAUUGGAAACUCAAUUUACUAAUGGCCAUGGGGCAUCUUCUGGUCUUGGAAAUAAACGUACGACAUAUCAUAAGUUUAUUUAUCCUCCCAUGUCUGUCACAAGAGCCUGGAGCAGGCGCGGGCCGUAUUGGAUCAGAACCGGGAACUCAUCGAGAAAGUGAACGAGAAUCACCAGUCGUAGGAUCCCGAUAAUCUUGUUAAGAAUGUUGGACUGAUACAGGAGAUCAACGGGAAUAUCUCAAAGGUUAUCGAGAUUUACUCCGAUUUGUCGGUCAAUUUCUCGGACAUUGUUCGUCAACGAAAAAGGACCACCUGGUGCUCUUGAACCGAUUUCGAGCAAUUUUCUAAAAUUCUUCAGCAUUUGUGCUCUGAUCAAGGUUUGGUCUUUUGUCGUGGUAGUGGUAGUCGUCGGGAUUAAUAAAACUUUGCCGUUUGUUUGUGUCAGUAUGCCAUUUGUAAUUGUACAAAAAAAACAAAAGAAUCAGUUUCAGGUGUUGUUUACGAGUCGAAGUUAUCGUCUGUUUUGCUCAAGUCAUUUGUGAACUGAACUCUGACCGGGCCGUGUUUUAGCUUUUGAGGUUAAUGGUAACGCUGUGGUGGUUGUGCAUAUCUUUUUUUUUUUUUUUAAUAGCGGCGGCACUUCCUUGUCUGCGUUAAUCUACCCUGCAGACGAAUAUGAGGUGUUUUCCUUCUGUUUGAGCUUAUUUUCUGUUCUCAUUUUGUCUUAAUUUUAGUGUCAUUUUGCAAAUUUCACUCGGUGGUUGAUGGACGGAUCGUCAGGAUCAUAGCAGCAAAGCUCCUUUGAAUUUUCUAAAGAUGAUUCUUCUCCUCGUAGUAAAGUUUUUCUUAGUUACACUACUAUUCUUUGAUUCUUACGUAUUUGUUAAAGGUUUCCAUUCUCUGGAGGUGAAUAUGUUUGGUGCACACAAUUCUUACAUCUUAAGUCAUGCUGCCAAGCUCCUCAGCAUUUCCAUCGACAGAAGCAGGUAGUCAAUUACAUAAACCUGGCAUCUGAUGAUAAAUGUAGCUUAUCGUAUAUGUUCACUGGCAUUUCUUGUCCUCUUGAAAAAUAGAUGUGAGAAAGUUUCAACAAGAGAAUGGGAAAGGUGAGGAUUGCUUUGCUUAAAGUGGCAUAGGAAAAUGCACCAAUGCUAAGUUUUUUCAUUAGAAGUCGGGGACGUGUCCCUAACACCCAUAAGAUCUAACCAACCACCAACAGAAAGCUUGUUGCAGUUACCAUCCAUAACAUGUCAUUCAGUAAUUGAAAAUAUAUAGAUAAUAAUUUGCAAACGAAACACCUUAAAUUAACAGAGGAAAAACCCCUAAGUUUAAAAAAAAAAAAAAAAA